CGUCAUAAGAUGGGGCGGGCUUAACAAGUGACAGCGUAGGGCAAACUUUGUUAGCUCGUUGCUAACUGAGCCCCAUUUCUUCGCGUUAAAAAUGUCCUUAACUUGAAACAACCUCGCCGGGAACCACCAGAAAGAUGAGCUGCAAGAAGGAUGGCGACGACGGAGACCUGUGCGGCGGAUGGGCCACUUCAGUGUCCAUGCUGGUGCACGGCAAGAACGACAUCACGGCCGUGACCUCACGAGUGCAACAGUUUGUGGAGGAGAGGAUGCAGACCACUAUGCUCACGGGUGUGCUAAUAGGCGCCGCCGUGGCAGUCGCAACCAUCGGGAUCGUGGUGCUCUUCCUGUACAAGAGGUUCAAACAUGCUCGUGAACAGCAGCCAGGUGUGCCUCACUAUCGCUUCAGAAAGAGAGACAAAGUGCUCUUCUAUGGGAGAAAAAUCAUGCGCAAGGUCCAGACUUUGUCCUCCCUCCCCCCGACUUCCUCCUCGUCUACCUCCGUGUCAAAGCAGCGUGUGCGCAAGAGAACCAAAGUCCUAAGCAUCGCUCGCAAAAUCCUCCGGAUCCGCAAAGAUCCGCCCACCCUGCAGCCCAAAGAACCUCCGCCCUCGUUGCUGGAGGCCGACCUGACCGAGUUCGACGUGCAGAGCUCCAACCUGCCCUCCGAGGUCCUCUACAUGCUGAAGAACGUCAGGGUUUUGGGCCACUUUGAGAAGCCUCUGUUCCUGGAGCUCUGUCGCCACAUGGUGUUCAUCGAGCUGCAGGAGGGCGAGGCUCUUUUCAAGCCCGGGGACGAGGACGACAGCAUCUACGUGGUCCAAGAUGGCCGACUGGAGCUGUCCAUCUGUGAGAACGACGGCACGGAAGUGGCGGUGAAGGAUGUUCUUCCCGGAGACAGCGUCCACAGCUUGCUGAGUAUUCUGGACAUCAUCACUGGUUACCCGGCCGCUUACAAGACGGUGUCAGCACGAGCAGCCACCCGCUCCACCAUCUUACGUUUACCUGCAUCGGCCUUUGAGUCCGUCUUCAAGAAAUACCCCGAGACGCUAGUACGCGUCAUUCAGAUAAUCAUGGUGCGCCUCCAAAGAGUCACCUUGUUGGCGUUACAUAACUACCUGGGCCUAACGACAGAGCUCUUCAAUCCGGAGAGUCACGCCGUGCCUUUGUCCAACGUCAACUUCGUAACCAGCGAGGCAACACCCGGCAAGACCAUGCGCCGCUUGCACUUCCAGGACGAGUUGGCCUCCUUCGACAGCCCUGCGGAAUCAGGAGACUGCGUGAAGGACAGUCCUUCCAGCAGCUACCGGAAGCAGCGAUCCAUCUCCAUGCCCGCCGACGCCACAGGCAAGGACAUGAGCAUGGUGUGUGAGAGAGCGCGGGUCAACAUGGACGAGGCGCCGCUCAGUCCCGCCACUCACAAGUCGGGCCAGAAGAAGAGCGUCACCCUGCAGCAAGCGCCCUCCGAGGUCUUUCACUACACGGACAGCGGGGGGCAGUCUGACGGCGUCCACCUCAGCAAGAGCAGCACCAUCUUCCAGGCUGCUAAGAAGGACCUGCUGGGACUCAUCCAGUUGCAGGAUCCCAACCUGCUGGAGGGAAGAGUGACCCUGCAUCAAGUCAAAGCCGGCUCUGUGGUGGCUCGUCAGGGAGACCAGGAGGUCAGCAUUCAGUUCGUCAUUUCGGGCCUCCUCCACGUCUACCAGCGCAUGAUCGACCGCGAGGAGGACACGCGUCUCUUUGUGACGCACCCCGGGGAGCUGGUCGGGCAGCUGGCCGUCCUGACGGGGGAGCCGCUCAUAUUUACCGUCCGAGCCCAGCGGGACUGCAGCUUCCUCUCCAUUUCCAAAACACACUUCUACGAGAUCAUGCGUGUGGAGCCAAACGUGGUGCUGAACGUGGCUCACACGGUGGUUAGGAGGAUGUCGUCUUUCGUCAGACAGAUCGACUUUGCCCUGGACUGGAUGGCCGUGGAAGCCGGCAGAGCCGUCUACAGGCAGGGGGAGAAGUCCGACAGCACCUUCAUCGUGCUCAGUGGUCGACUGCGCUCCGUCAUCAUGAAGGAGGACGGCAAGAAGGAGCUGAUUGGAGAGUACGGCCGCGGUGAUCUGAUCGGAGUGGUGGAGGCCCUGACCCGUCAGAACCGAGCCACCACGGUCCACGCGGUGCGGGACUCUGAGCUGGCCAAGCUCCCGGAGGGUGCGCUCAGCUCCAUCAAGAGGAAGUUCCCCCAGGUGGUCACCCAGCUCAUCCAUCUGCUCGGGCAGAAGAUCCUGCAGCAGGUCAAUGUUCCUCUCACAGCUCGCAGCUUGGCGCUGCACACCCCCGGCAGCAAGUGGGACGCGGGCAACCAGGCCUCCAACCUGUCCACCGUGGCCGUCCUGCCGGUCUCCGAGGAGGUGCCGCUCACCACCUUCACCUUGGAGCUGCAGCAUGCACUCCUCGCAAUAGGUCCCACUCUUCUCUUGACGAGCGACACCAUCAAGCAGCGCCUGGGAGCCGCAGCACUCGACAGCGUUCACGAGUACCGUCUGUCCAGCUGGUUGGGCCAGCAGGAGGACAUCCAUCGCAUUGUUCUGUACCAGACGGACUACACGCUGACCCCCUGGACGCAGCGCUGCAUCCGCCAGGCCGACUGCAUCAUCAUCGUGGGCCUGGGCGAGCAGGACCCCGCUGUUGGAGAGCUGGAGCGCAUGCUGGAAGGAAGUGCGGUGCGCGCCCAGAAGCAACUGGUGCUGCUGCACAAAGAGGACGGCCCCCGGCCCAAGGGCACCGUGGACUGGCUCAACAUGCGCAGCUGGAUCUCCAGACACCUGCAUCUGGCCUGCCCUCGCCGGGUCUUCUCCAAGAGGAGCCUGCCCAAGCUGCUGGAGUUGUACCAGCGCGUCUUUGAAAAGCCAGCGGAUCGACACUCGGACUUCUCCAGGCUGGCACGAGUCCUCACUGGGAACGCCAUCGCCCUCGUCCUGGGUGGAGGCGGGGCCAGAGGUUGUUCCCAGGUGGGCGUCGUGCGAGCCCUCUGCGAAGCCGGCAUCCCGGUCGACCUCAUCGGCGGCACGUCCAUCGGCUCCCUGCUGGGGGCGCUCUACGCCGAGGAGCGCAGCCACAGCCGCAUGAGGGUGAGGGCACGAGAAUGGGCCAUGGAAAUGACUUCGGUGUUUAAGAAGGUUCUGGAUUUAACAUACCCGGUCACCUCCAUGUUCUCUGGCGCCGCCUUCAACUCCAGCAUCAGCAACGUCUUCAAAAGCAAGCAGAUUGAGGACCUCUGGAUCCCAUAUUUCAACAUCACGGCCGACAUCAGUGCCUCUGCAAUGCGAGUCCACACCGACGGUUCUCUAUGGCGAUACGUACGUGCCAGCAUGUCACUAUCAGGGUACCUGCCUCCUCUUUGUGACCCCAAAGAUGGACACCUUUUAAUGGAUGGAGGCUACAUCAACAACCUGCCAGCCGACGUGGCGCGCUCCAUGGGGGCCAAAGUGGUGAUAGCGAUCGACGUGGGCAGCCGCGACGAAACCAACCUGACCAAUUAUGGCGACUCGCUGUCAGGCUGGUGGUUGCUAUGGAAACGCCUCAACCCCCUGGCAGAGAAAGUCAAGGUGUUGAACAUGGCGGAGAUUCAGACUCGCCUGGCCUACGUGUGCUGCGUGCGACACCUGGACACUGUGAAGAACAGCGACUACUGCGAGUACAUCAGGCCUCCCAUCGACCGAUACCGGACGCUGGAGUUUGGAAAGUUUGACGAGAUCGCCGAGGUGGGAUACCAGCACGGCAAGACGGUGUUCGACGUGUGGAGUCGCAGCGGCGUGGUGGAGAAGAUGCUGAAGGACAGACACCAGGAGGAGUUUCACAACACCCAAAGCAAGAACGACGUGUUGACGUGUCCCAACGCGUCUUUCACUGACUUGGCAGAAAUUGUGUCUCGCAUCGAGCCGGUCAAACCUGCCCUGGUGGACGAGGAGUCAGACUACCACACUGACUAUGACGAGGAGGCGGCGGAGAGCGCUCUGUCUGACCUGGAGCUUUACGGCCUCUACGGGGAGCACACUGAAGGGGAGGAGACGGCGGACACGGAUGAAGAACUGGACAGAAGAGGUGAUGGAACCAGCAACCACGCCCUCGCCGAACAUCAACAAGUUCCAUCGAACACCUCAGCAGAGCAGGAAGUACUUUGUAAACAGUCCAAGUGAGGCAGUUACACUUACAGUUACAGCACAGGUGCAUUACAACCAUUUCUCAUAUUGAGACAGCGCAAGAAAGAAUAGCAAGAGAAAGAACCACAAGUUAAUCUAUACCAAGGAAUAUUCAUCACCAGGCUGGAAAAGGUCAUUGCGGCCUAAAGCACCGUCCUCCAGACAGUAAAAAGCAGCCUAUGCAGAUGUUGCCAUGAUUUGAACGUGUUGUGCCAUAUUAGUGUUACUUGUCGUAGAAUAAUUCCACCUGAACAGCCUCAAUGUCUUCCUCCUUAAUUCCAUGACCCAAGCGCCUUGCCCACUUACUGUUGCCUCGUGAGGAGCGGAGUGGCAUUACAAGAUACUUUUCCAUUCAUAACGCCCUAUUUGUUACGCAAAGAGAGAAUUUACACCACCGUAUGGAAGUGUAGCAGAACUGUUUGCAAACGCGUAUCUCAGUCUGCCCAUGCACUCAUUUGUGUGUCUGUAUCUCAAUCUGUGCGUCUGUUAUCCCAUUCACGUGUCCGUCUACUAAUUUGUGUGUCUGUAUCUCAAUCUGUGUGUCUGUAAUCCCAUUCACGUGUCCGUCUACUAAUUUGUGUGUCUGUAUCUCAAUCUGUGCGUCUGUAAUCCCAUUCACGUGUCCGUCUACUAAUUUGUGUGUCUGUAACUCAAUCUGUGAGUCUGUAAUCCCAUUCACAUGUCCGUCUACUAAUUUGUGUGUCUGUAACUCAAUCUGUGAGUCUGUAAUCCCAUUCACGUGUCCGUCUACUAAUUUGUGUGUCUGUAACUCAAUCUGUGAGUCUGUAAUCCCAUUGACGUGUCCGUCUACUAAUUUGUGUGUCUGUAUGUCAAUCUGUGUGUCUAUAAUCCCAUUCACGUGUCCGUCUACUAAUUUGUGUGUCUGUAUGUCAAUCUGUGUGUCUGUAAUCCCAUUCACGUGUCCGUCUACUAAUUUGUGUGUCUGUAACUCAAUCUGUGAGUCUGUAAUCCCAUUCACGUGUCCGCCUACUAAUUUGUGUGUCUGUAUGUCAAUCUGUGUGUCUGUAAUCCCAUUCACGUGUCCGUCCACUAAUUUGUGUGUCUGAAUCGCAAUCUGUGCGUCUGUAAUCCCAUUCGCGCGUCCGUCUACUAAUUUGUGUCUCAGUAUCUCAAUCUGUGCGUCUGUAAUCCCGUUCACGUGUCCGUCUACUAAUUUGUGUGUCUGUAUCUCAAUCUGUGCGUCUGUAAUCCCAUUCGCGUGUCCGUCUACUAAUUUGUGUCUCAGUAUCUCAAUCUGUGCGUCUGUAAUCCCAUUCACGUGUCCGUCUACUAAUUUGUGUGUCUGUAUCUCAAUCUGUGAGUCUGUAAUCCCAUUCACGUGUCCGUCUACUAAUUUGUGUGUCUGUAUCUCAAUCUGUGCGUCUGUAAUCCCAUUCGCGUGUCCGUCUACUAAUUUGUGUGUCUGUAUCUCAAUCUGUGUGUCUGUAAUCCCAUUUGUGUGUCCGUAUACUAAUUUGUGUGUCUGUAUCUCAAACUGUGCAUCUUUAAUCCUAUUCACGUGUCCGUCUACUAAUUUGUGUGUCUGUAUCUCAAUCUGUGCGUCUGUAAUCCCAUUCACGUGUCCGUCUACUAAUUUGUGUGUCUGUAACUCAAUCUGUGAGUCUGUAAUCCCAUUCACGUGUCCGUCUACUAAUUUGUGUGUCUGUAUGUCAAUCUGUGUGUCUGUAAUCCCAUUCACGUGUCCGUCUACUAAUUUGUGUGUCUGUAUCUCAAUCUGUGCGUCUGUAAUCCCAUUCGCGUGUCCGUCUACUAAUUUGUGUCUCAGUAUCUCAAUCUGUGCGUCUGUAAUCCCAUUCCCGUGUCCGUCUACUAAUUUGUGUGUCUGUAUCUUAAUCUGUGCGUCUGUAAUCCCAUUCGCGUGUCCGUCUACUAAUUUGUGUGUCUGUAUCUCAAUCUGUGUGUCUGUAAUCCCAUUCACGUGUCCGUCUACUAAUUUGUGUGUCUGUAUCUCAAUCUGUGCGUCUGUAAUCCCAUUCACAUGUCCGUCUACUAAUUUGUGUGUCUGUAUCUCAAUCUGUGCGUCUGUAAUCCCAUUCACGUGUCCGUCUACUAAUUUGUGUGUCUGUAACUCAAUCUGUGAGUCUGUAAUCCCAUUCACGUGUCCGUCUACUAAUUUGUGUGUCUGUAUGUCAAUCUGUGUGUCUGUAAUCCCAUUCACGUGUCCGUCCACUAAUUUGUGUGUCUGAAUCUCAAUCUGUGCGUCUGUAAUCCCAUUCGCGUGUCCGUCUACUAAUUUGUGUCUCAGUAUCUCAAUCUGUGCGUCUGUAAUUCCAUUCACAUGUCCGUCUACUAAUUUGUGUGUCUGUAUCUCAAUUUGUGCGUCUGUUAUCUCAUUCACAUGUCCGUCUACUAAUUUGUGUGUCUGUAUCUCAAUCUGUGUGUCUGUUAUCCCAUUCACGUGUCCAUCUACUAAUUUGUGUGUCUGUAUCUCAAUCUGUGCGUCUGUUAUCCCAUUCACGUGUCCGUCUACUAAUUUGUGUGUCUGUAUCUCAAUCUGUGCGUCUGUAAUCCCAUUCGCGUGUCCGUCUACUAAUUUGUGUGUCUGUAUCUCAAUCUGUGCGUCUGUAAUCCCAUUCGCGUGUCCGUCUACAAAUUUGUGUCUCAGUACCUCAAUCUGUGCGUCUGUAAUCUCAUUCACGUGUCCGUCUACUAAUUUGUGUGUCUGUAUCUCAAUCUGUGAGUCUGUAAUCCCAUUCACGUGUCCGUCUACUAAUUUGUGUGUCUGUAUCUCAAUCUGUGCGUCUGUAAUCUCAUUCACGUGUCCGUCUACUAAUUUGUGUGUCUGUAUCUCAAUCUGUGCGUCUGUUAUCCCAUUCGCGUGUCCGUCUACUAAUUUGUGUCUCUGUAUCUCAAUCUGUGAGUCUGUAAUCCCAUUCAUGUGUCACACAAAUUUGUAUAAAGACACGUGGAUCGGAUUACACGUACACACAGAUUGAGGUACAGACACACAAAUUAGUACACAGACACGUGGAUCAAAUUACGGACACAAAUUAGUACGAAGACACGUGGAUCGGAUUACACGUACACACAGAUUGGGGUACAGACACACAAAUUAUUAGACAGACACGUGGAUGGGAAUACAUUUACACAAAUUAGUGCACAGACACGUGGGUGGGAUUACACGUACAGAAAUUGCGAUACAGACACACAAAUUAGUGCACAAAUCGGUGGAUCGGAUAACACGUUCACAAAUUGGGAUACAAACAAAUUAGUGCACAGACACAAAUUAUUUCACAGACACGUGGAUGGGAUUACAUUUACACAAAUUAGUGCACAGACAAGUGGAUCAGAUAGCACGUUCACAAAUUGAGAUACAGACACAAAUUAGUUCACAGACACGCGGAUCGGAUUACACACACACACAGAUUGGGGUACAGACACUCAAAUGAUUAACAGACACGUGGAUGAGAUUACAUUUACACAAAUUAGUGCACAGACACGUGGAUGGGAUUACACAUACACAAAUUGCGAUACAGACACACAAAAUAGUGCACAAACCGGUGGAUCGGAUUACACGUUCACAAAUUGAGAUACACACAAAUUAGUGCACAGACACGUGGAUGGGAUUACACAUACACAAAUUGCGAUACAGACACACAAAUUAGUGUACAAACCGGUGGAUCGGAUUACACGUUCACAAAUUGAGAUACAGACACAAAUUAGUGCACAGACACGCAGAUCGGAUUAUACACACACAGAUUGGGGUACAGACACACAAGUGAUUACACAGACACGUGGAUCGGAUGACACACACACAGAUUGGGGUACAGGCACACAAAUUAUUACACAGACACGUGGAUGGGAUUACACCUACACAAAUUAUUGCACAGACACGUGGAUCGGAUUGCACGUUCAGAAAUUGAGAUAGACACAAAUUAGUGCACAGACACGCGGAUCGGAUUACACACACACACAGAUUGGGGUACAGACACACAAAUGAUUACACAGACACAUGGAUGAGAUUACAUUUACACAAAUUAGUGCACAGACACGUGGAUGGGAUUACACAUACACAAAUUGCGAUACAGACACACAAAAUACUGCACAAACCGGUGGAUCGGAUUACACGUUCACAAAUUGAGAUACAGACAAAUUAGUGCACAGACACGUGGAUGGGACUACAUGUACAAAAAUUGAGAUACAAACACACAAAUUAGUGCACAAACCGGUGGAUCGGAUUACACAUUUACAAAUUGAGAUACAGACACAAAUUAGUGCACAGACACGCAGAUCGGAUUACACAUACACAGAUUGGGGUACAGACACACAAAUUAUUACACAGACACGUGGAUGAGAUUACACGUACACAAAUUGCGAUACAGACACACAAAUUAGUGCACAAACUGGUGGAUCGGAUUACACGUUCACAAAUUGAGAUACAGACAAAUUAGUGCACAGACACGUGGAUGGGAUUACAUGUACAAAUAUUGCGAUACAGACACACAAAUUAGUGCACAAACCGGUGGAUCGGAUUACACGUUCACAAAUUGAGAUACAGACAAAAAUUAGUGCACAGACACGCAGAUCAGAUUACACACACACAGAUUGGGGUACAGACACACAAAUGAUUACACAGACACGUGGAUGAGAUUACACAUACACAAAUUGUGAUACAGACACACAAAUUGGUGGAUCGGAUUACACGUUCACAAAUUGAGAUACAGACAAAUUAGUGCACAGACACGUUGAUGGGAUUACAUGUACAAAAAUUGAGAUACAAACACACAAAUUAGUGCACAAACCGGUGGAUCGGAUUACACAUUCACAAAUUGAGAUACAGACACAAAUUAGGGCACAGACACGCAGAUCGGAUUACACACACACAGAUUGGGGUACAGACACACAAAUUAUUACACAGACACGUGAAUGAGAUUACACGUACACAAAUUGCGAUACAGACACACAAAUUAGUGCACAAACUGGUGGAUUGGAUUACACGUUCACAAAUUGAGAUACAGACAAAUUAGUGCACAGACACGUGGAUGGGAUUACAUGUACAAAUAUUGCGAUACAGACACACAAAUUAGUGCACAAACCGGUGGAUCGGAUUACACGUUCACAAAUUGAGAUACAGACACAAAUUAGUGCACAGACACGCAGAUCGGAUUACACACACACAGAUUGCGGUACAGACGCACAAAUUAGUGCACAGACACGUGGAUGGGAUUACUCAUACACAAAUUGAGAUACAGACACACAAAUUAGUGCACAAACGGAUGGAUCGGAUUACAUGUGCACAAAUUGAGAUACAGACCCGUGGAUCGGAUUACACACGUACACAAAUUGAUACAGACACACAAAUUAGUGCACAGACACGUGGAUCGGAUUACACGUACACAAAUUGAGAUACAGACACAAAUUAGUGCACAAACGGAUUGAUCGGAUUACAUGUGCACAAAUUGAGAUACAGACCCGUGGAUCGGAUUACACAGGUACACAAAUUGAUACAGACACACAAAUUAGUGCACAGACACGUGGAUCGGAUUACACGUACACAAAUUGAGAUACAGACACAAAUUAGUGCACAGACGCGUGAAUGGGAUACACGUACACAAAUUGAGAUACGGACACACAAAUUAGUGCACAAACAGGUGGAUCGGAUUACAUGUGCACAAAUUGAGAUACAGACAUGUGGAUCGGAUUACACGCGUACACAAAUUGAUACAGACACACAAAUUAGUGCACAGACACGUGGAUCGGAUUACAUGUGCACAAAUUGAGAUACAGACACGUGGAUCGGAUUACACGCGUACACAAAUUGAUACAGACACACAAAUUAGUGCACAGACACGUGGAUCGGAUUACACGUACACAAAUUGAGAUAGACACAAAUUAGUGCACUGACUAACGGGAUUACACAGAUUGAUACAGGCAUUUGCAAGUAGUUUAGCUACAAUAUUACGUCCGUAGGGCUGACUUGAGUGUAACGGUGAUGAUUUGUUACUGUAGAAGCAGCUGUUAUUCACUCCAGAUGUGCACUUCAAUGCAAAUUCAUGAUCGAUAUUUACUGACUGAUGUUACUUCCUGUUUUAUUUACAUGUCGUACUAUUUCUAUACAGUUUAAAUGUACAUAUGUCACUCAUAGUUACUAAUUCAUUGUACUGUCGUUUUAAAAAGGGUAUAUAUAUAUAUAUAUAUAUAUAUAUAUAUAUAUAUAUAUAUAUAUAUAUAUAUAUAUAUAUAUAUAUAUAUAUAUAUAUAUAUAUAUAUAUACAUGUAUAUUUUUUAACAGGGGUCAAAAAUAUUGGGACACCCAGUCCACUUCAUAAGGGGAGCAAAAGCAGUUUUCAUCUUCUGGUAAAAAAUCAUUUUCUUCAAUUUACUGGGUAGAGGUAUGUCUCAAUACUUUUGUACAUGUCAAAUAAUAAGUACUAAUACAUGUUCAUAGCUACAGUACUGCUGUGCCCUUAGCCUUACCCAAGUACGGAGGAACCUCCAAGGUAGAACUUGAUGAUCCGUGGUUUUCCUUCAGUAACAACGAGGCAUUCGAAGCUAACGUGGAAAAAGAAGCUCACAUAAAAGUGGCCCCAAAUGUAAUGACAAGCGAGCAUACAGAGACUUUAGAGCUGGGGUGCCCAAACCUUUUUCCACUGAGGGCCACACCCUGAUAGGUUAAAGGAUAUGGGGGACACUUUGGUAGUUUUCACCUUCAAAACCAGUACGAUAUACAUUUGUUUUCAAAGAACUUAAAAAAAUUUCAAUUUUGGUAGAAAUCUCCUGUGAAUGCUGAAGAGCCAAAGCCAAACUGAAAUGCUAACAGUUAGCACACUGGACAGGCAGCGUCAGGUAGCAAAAAAAUAUGAGCAAAAUUAGCUAAAAAAGUAAUCUAGAGUAUUAUGCUAACAUGCUUCGUUAGCAUUAAUGAAAUAGCAAAAUAUGACACAGAGGUGUAUACCUGCAAAAUUAGUAAAAAGUCUCGCAUGCUAAUGUUGGCAUGCUAAGAUGCUAACCGUAACAUCCGUCAAGUACCAAAAUUCUGUUUAUUAUCUGGAGACCAGAAAAAUAUGUUUAUAAUACUAGCCUGCUAACGUUAGCAUGCAUCAAGUACCAAAACAUAACUAAAGUGUAUACCUACAAAAUAAGCUAAAAAGGUUAGCAUGCCAGAAGGUAUCAUUCGUCAAUUAACAAAAUAUUUGAAGCUGAGGUAUAUACUUGCAAAAUUAGUAAAUUGCUAACUGUAGCAUCUGUCAAGUACCAAACUUUUUAUUACCUUGAGAUGUGAAUUUGAAUUUUUUUUAAAUGCUAUCCUGCUAAUGUUAGCAUGCAUCAAGUACCAAAAUAUAAUUAAAGUGUAUACCUACAAAAUAAGCUAAGAUUUUU